GCAGCGGGGCGUCGACGAAGUCACUCCAUACGGCGGCCAGGAUGCCUCUGCUAUACACCAUCUGCUGACUCGUGCAUCAAUGCUCCCUCAUUGCGUUCUCUCAUGCGCUGGUCGACAAAAUUGCAGUAUCUCUUCGUCGCCUGCGCAGCGGUCGCAGGGUACAGUGCUUCUCGUUGCUGCAGGCAGGCAGAACUAGAGACUGCGAACACAAAAUUGCAAGAGGAGUAUACUCGCUCAUGGGACGAGCGAAUAAGCGAGGAGGCGACAGGUAACCUCAUCUUCCGGUCUCUGUCGUCUCUCAUGCAAAUGGCACCAAAUUCAAGAUAUCCUAACGGGCAUUCAAUUGCGCGUGCCUCAAUAGCACCGGGUACGCGGCUGUACCACGGCAGGGGCAACAGUAAACUCCCAGUCAUGGACUGGCUCGCCUUCGACCCAGAACACUCCCAAACAUUCCUGCGUGGCCAGAACGGCACACUCUUCACGUUCAUGACCACCCGUGAGCUCAAGCUCAUCUAUUUUGACGGCUGCAGCGCCAACAAGCGCGGUGGCGUUGCGGACACACAGGACGUUCUCAUCUGGGGCGAAGUCGGUCACGGGCGAGAGCCCUGGCGUUCCGACCCCGAGUUGGACCGUAUCACUGACGCGUGUGCAUGGGGGAGGAAGUACGGUAUCGACGGCUUCGUUCGUAUGGAGUACGACUUUGAGAUCAUGUACUGCGACUUCUCUCAAGGCCUCACGCUUGUCUCCUCCCUCGACACUCCAUCGGACGCCCGCCUUGCUCCUCCACUCAUGGAGGUCAGGCAUGCAGGUGGUCGACAUAACGCCUUCCCUGGCGAGUCACGCGUCCAAGUGGACUCUGCCACAAUGAUCUCGUUCUUCGACCCCGCCCUCACAUCUCUCGUCGCGGCACGUCGCGGACUGCCCCGCACGCAGUAUCGCAUCGCGCAUAUUUCCGGGGAGGAUACUGCCCGCGUACGCGCUGACAUCUCUGAGAUGGUGGCCCGCGAUCCUACGGGAAAGAGCGGCAUCGACUGGCGUACCCUCGCGCAGGCCAUCCAGGAGAGGUUCGGAGACCGCUUGUUGUAUAUCCGGCAUCUGCUGCAUCUGGCUCGCCUGGUCGCAGCAGAUACAGAUGCAAGCCUUCAAGUCCAUGCUCAGUUCCAGAGCAUCACUGCGGAGAUACACAAACAACUCCUCGUCUCUCUCAGCCCGUACAUGCCCCGCGAAGGUAUCGGCGAACCUACCUGGUUCGAGGCCAUCGCACGAGGGUGCACGACGAGCUUCACGCCCCGAUUCCCCGAGGCGCGGUUCACAAGACAAGAGCGGCUUUUGAACUAUGCUGUCGAAGAAGUUCUUCACGAAGUCUGCAGAGUAUACACCGAGGUGUGGAGGGAUGCGUUUGGGCUUGACGUCAGAGCCAAGGGCUCGAAUUUCGAUGCUAGCAUCGCAUCCCCAAUGUUGGCCAAGUGGAGGGACGCGUUCGACGCUCUAAUCGAGUGGUUGGACUGGCCGAUCUGGCUGAAGUGCGAUCCAGCCUGCGCUGUCAAUGAAUUCUGUGAAGUACCCCAGCUUGCUCCGUGGCAGGCAGGAGAAGCUCGGCCUCGGUGCAUUGCCAUUGAUAGCGAUUGGGUGUAGCGCAUCUCAAGUACGGAGCACUCUUAUUACAGACCCAAAAAGUAGCAUAACACACGCCGUACAUGUCCUAAUGGAUGCCUUCCCGCAGAGGUUUACAGCGCGCUCUAUCCUAAAUUCGCGCUGUAAAUCUCUGCGGCAAGUCGGCAUCUCGUGUGUACCGUUGCUUCGGAUCAGUACACCCCUCUUCUAAACAGGUCAUUUGGAAGGGGGGUAGGACCCCCCCUUCUAGGUACAAAACACGUCCGUAAAGUUGAGUUUGAGCCUCCGACGAGAUUUGGAUCUUACCGUCGCGCA